UUAAACGUUUUCGAUUGUUAAUAAUCGAUCAAAACGUUAUUUUUUUAAACUUACUGAAUCGCUAGUGAUAGUGACGACGGUGAAAAGGCUUUAUUCGCACUUUUUGGUUUUCCUCCGCCGAUUUUCCGCUGAUCCUUGGCCACAAAGCGUUUUAUACAUGCUCUGUUAAUUCUACUUCGAUUUUGAGUUUUUCAAACAUUUCCUUAGGACAAGCCUCAGCUUUGUGGAAAAUAUUGGAAAUCUCGCCUAGCUUUUUGAAAGUUUAUGCAGUCGAAGUUUUGAUCGGGUGUUCGCUCCGGCUCCAACGUGAUCAAAGAUUCGAUCGAUCAAACGUUCGAUCCCGAUUCAAAGGCCCUAAAAUAUUAAUUUUUUAUGGAUGAGUUGAUGCUUAGCCAUGGUGCAAUGGUGUCACCAAUGUGUUUUCACGGUUGUAUUGUUCAUGUUCUGUAGCCAAAACCAACUGGGCGUGGCAUCGAAAUCGCCUUGUGGGUGUCGAUUUGCACCUGUUUCGAUUCUAUGAUUCAAGACUUGAUGAAACCUUAAUUUGCCUGGGAUAUCUAAUCUCAUUGGUUUGCAGCACGGAUUGAUUUGAAGAUCGUUCUUAGUUUUUSAUGCCUUAGAGCCUUCUUAAAGAACUUAAGCGAUUGGAUGAGAUGAGCGUGCAUCACUGCGGCCGACUAGAGGCGUUUAUAUCGCGCUGUUAUCGCGUGAAUGUCGCGUUAAACGCUAAUGUAUUGCAUCGAGUAUAAGACUAACGAUAUGUCGAUGAAAAAUCAAACUCAGUUAGUUGUAAACUGCUCCAACAACACUGCAAAACCUUUGAUUGAAUCGGAAAAAUUUCAAGUUAUCUCGCCAACUCCGAAAGUCCCGCUUCGCGGAAGAUGCAAUUCCGGUAUCGCUCAAGAUGACAAAAGCUACUGGAGUGUUAAAAAUCCCUGGAUGUUACGAGUCGCCGUCGUUUUUACCUUAGCAGUAGCUAUUGUGGUGUUUGCAACACUUCACAACAAACUACAUACAUCCUUUCAAACCACUUCACUUGAAGUUGAAAGACUAAAGACUUCAAUAGUGACAUUCGAGGAGCAAAUUAACGAGCUCCAGAGAAGUCUUCAGUGUGUUAAAUCGAUAAAUGGCACUGACAACAAAGGACGUAGAUGUCCAAGGCUAAAAGGCGAGAAAGAUCAAAAACCAAACACUCAGUCAUCAACAAAAGAUAAACAGAAAGAUGACAAUUCAGUACAUCCCAACGACGGCGGAUCGAGACGYAGUAAAAGUCGUCGUCGAACAGUGUUUGUACGAUGGGGAACGUCACAAUGUCGAACGAGUAACAAGUCGCACACAUCGCUAGUAUACAAAGGUCGCGUGGCGUCACCCAACUACCAGGACAAGGGUGGUGGAACGAACUAUUUAUGUAUGCCGGACAAAGCAUUGUAUACUAGUCUUGUAGAUAUAAGCAAUGCCGACCGAGGAUUCCUAUACCCAGUAAAGUUCGGUCCAGUUACUAAAGUGUUUAACAUGUUUGCUGAUAGAGCUCGUUUACAGCGUCUUCCAGAGGAGAAACGAAAGCUUCUGAACUACACYCUCGACUACAAAGAUGUGCCAUGCGCAGUAUGUAGGGUUGAUGGCGCAACUGCCGCGCUCAUGAUUCCAGCGUAUAAUGUUUGRCCUCCCACAUGGGACAGGCAAUACCAUGGUUAUCUAAUGUCUCAGAAACAUAACUCGGAGAAAUCCGAGUUGAUAUGUGUUGAUGUCGACGCUAGAGGGAUUCCGAAUACUGCSAACAAGAAUGCAGACUCAUUGUUACAUUUAACGGAGUACAAAUGUGGCUCGUCUCGAUGCGGCAGACUGCAACCGAGGAAAGCAUUGGCUUGUGCCGUCUGUACGACGUGACAGCGGUGUCGUGCCCCUCGCGUUUUCUUUUGGAGUCGACCAACGUUUAUGAAUUCGUUGGAUUAUGAUCUUAUUUAAUCGGAUAAAAUAGCACACCAGCGUAGCGGGCACUGUUUUUSUUAUGGAGAAAUGGAGAGAGAGGACCCGGAAGUGACGUCAUCACCGGAAGCAAUCACUCACCGGAAGUCAAUGGCAAUGAKAACACUGAUCCAAAGUCAUCGUUGUUGCAAUUGCACUAUAGUAAGAAGUGAUGGUUAUGAGUAUACCGCUGACUACUUAGGCAUGCGCAUACCGAGCGUCAUCGUUGUUUAAACUGYAUUAACUGGAAGCAUCGUGGCCAUACCUCUGUACAGUAACCAUUGUACUCACACGGCUCAUCACGAAUCAACGUAAUGUAACAUGUUGAAAGACAAAGUAAAAAACAAUCAUUUCAUUAUGGUUUUAGAAAACCAUAGACUUUCUAAAACUAAAAGAAAUAUAAGCUUUGUUUUAUUAUCAGAGUGGUUGCCACAAAGCAAAGGCAUCCAUAUGAUCAAAACCUUGUCAUAUUAUAUUUGACCAAAUAAGGUAAUAGUUACCAUAUAAGGAAAAAGUUUUCCACGACAGCUCAAAAUAAUUUGGCCGCUUGAAGGUUCAAUUUUAUAACAUAAUGCACCAAAAGAAAGCAAGGACCUAAAAACGGGUACAUCCAUAACAUUACAAACAGUAUUUCUGUUUMCAAAAAACUAAAUAAUUGAGUUUUCGUCUUUUUAGUAAAGCACAGGGAUACCGCUAUUCAAUAAGAAGAAUUAAUACUAAAAAUGGAGAAGACUAUCAACCCAAUCUGUCGACGAAAACGUCUUAAAUGCUUCAAAUAAAUCUGUGUACUUCGGAA